UGGCCAUGGACCCCCUGUCCCUCCAGGAAUACAUCUGCUCCCUGGACCCUGCCACCCUGCCCCGCAUCAUCAGGAUUUACUCUGGUGUCUACUUCCAAGGGUCUGUGUAUGAGAUCUCAGGCAACAAAUGCUGCUUGUCAACGGGUGACCUGAAAGUCACGGCCGUGGUGCUGCAGAAGGUCGUUUGUGAGGACACAGAGACAGGGCAGACAACAGAGCUGCCACCAACGUUUAAGGGUCUUUUCCAGCCUGCCCCAGCCCCAGGGCCACGCCUGACGCCGCGGGGACCCUUGCUGCAGGGCGGCAGGCAGCAGGGCCUGACGCUGCACCAGGUGCUGGGGCAGUGGGACAGGUGGCCCCAGCCCCUGCUGUGCCACGUCAUCAGCCCCCGGGCCCUGCUUCUGCACCCCGUCUAUGAGGUGCACGCGGUCAUGCACUUGCGUCGCGACGUGGUGAAGAUCCUGUCCUCGCUGGAGGUGGACGUGGAAGAUGUCACGGAGGAGGCGCAGCACAUCCACUUCGCCCGGCCGCUGCUGCUGAGCGAGGUGCUGGCGAUGGAGGAGGGCACAGAGAGCGACAGCGCCGAACAUGACUAUGAAACCGUUGAUAACAAUGUUCAAAAGACAAUUCACAAGAUGCAGACAAUUUUUCCUUUCUAG